AUGAAGAAGAACAACAGGAAGCCCACCUCAAGGAUCGACGUGCAGAAUGCCCUCUGUGUCCCACAUGCCCAUGGGCCAGGAGAUCUUCAAAAUAUGCUAGAUGGAGGAGAGUAUGCUCUUUCUGUAUCUCCUCCCAUGUUGGAGAGCAAUUUUAUCCAGGUCAACAGGAGAGGUGAAUCCAUUUACCUUCAUAACCGAGCCAACUGGGUGACUGUAGGCAUCUGUUCUUCCAGUUCCACCCACAAAACACCCAAUGUGAUGCUGCUGGCACAUCUGACACCCACUGUCCCAAAAGAUACAGAACCCCUGUUUAAAAGUCUCCUGACAUCUCCUUGUACAGAGAAACUGGUGCUCACCAGGUUUCUCCCACUGCAGUUUGUGACUCUUUCUGUGCAUGACGCUGAGAAUAUGCGCCUCAAAGUAAAGCUUGUGAGUGGCCGAGCCUACUACUUACAGCUCUGCACCCCUGCAUAUAAACAGGACACCGUAUUUUCUCAAUGGGUGAACCUCAUCUCCUUCUUAAAUCAGGAGAAAGCCAAAGUUUCCAAAGUGUCAGAAGUCUCGAGCAUCUCAGAAAUCACAAAUAGCACAGAAAUCACAGGCUCCAUGGACAUCAUGGAUAUUACAGCAUUCACAGCUGUCCAGACCCCAUACACACAUGCAUGUACAGACACUGUACAUGUCAUGGAGAGCAUAGAUUUUUCAGAAUACACAGAUAUUACCGACAUCACAGAUGUCACGGAUGUUCCAGAAAAUGAGAUCACAGAGGUCCCAGAUGUAAGAAUUGUCACAGAAAUCACAGAUGUAACAGAAGUCACAGGCAACUCUGAUGCCACAACUCUCUCAGAGGUUACAGUGGUAUUUGAAAAUGAUGACAUAAUAAAGGCCAAGCAAGAGGAAAAGGAAAAAAUAAAAAAUAUUCUGAAGCCUGGAUGUCUGCGAAAUACAAAAAGUAAGAGUGAGUUCAAAGAAUCUUCAAAACAUGUCACCAUCUCAGACAUAACACUGACUUUGGAAGGUAAAAGAUGUUUUCAAACUACCUUGACUCCGGUAGAAAGCGAAGCAAGUAUAUGCAAAGAGAUGGAUGAUAAAACCUCUGAAGAAAAGACUGAUUUUCAAAACCUGGCUGUAAAGGCCAUAGAAUCCAGGAGCAUGAGAAUUGAUUCAGACACUUCAGAUAAAUACAAACUGCUAAACUAAAAAACAAGCCCAGCUCAGAAAAAGACUAUCAAUGCAAGAAGAAAACAAAGCCGUGUCUUCCAUGUGGCAGAAAUAAA